AAUAAUCUGAAGGAAUUUCCUUACUAUAUAUAUAUAUAUAUUCAUCCAUCACUUUGCUUGCUUUAUGCCAAUGGAUUGCUCCAAUACACAUAUGAUGAAAGGUACAACAAGUGGAGGCUCAGAAGAAGGAGAAUCAUCAAACAGCUGCAGUCGUCCCAACCGCUUCCUCGAACUUCCCGAGGAUGUGAUUCGCGACAUCCUUCGUCGAUUGGGUGUUGAAGACGUUCUGGAAAAUGCACAACGAGUGUGUUCUUCCUGGCGAAAAAUGUGCAGAGACGACCCUUCCAUGUGGCGUGUCAUUGACAUGAAACGUCUGGGUGGGGAGGACGAAUGCCUCGAAGUCAUGUGUGCUGAGGCAGUAGAUCGCAGCCAAGGACAACUCACUGAAAUCCACAUUGAUCAUUUCGCUACUGACGAAUUGCUCCUCUACAUCUCCGAAAGAUCAAGGCAGCUAAGAUGUGUUCGAAUUAGGAAUUGCUCUGGAGUUGGAGAUGGUGGGUUGAUUGCACUGGCCAAAAAAUGUCCUCUCCUGGAAGAGAUGCACCUUGCCGAACUCUCAGACGUUCACAACUGCAUUGAACCUAUCGGCCACUCCUGCCCCAACUUGACUUGGUUCACGUUGAGUUACUGCCACAGUUUUCGAGACCGUGACUACAGGGGCGAGGAUUUCGAAGCGCUGGCGAUUGCGAAGAGCAUGCCCGGUUUGCGCCACCUUGGAGUCGUGGGAAAUGGCAUGACAAAUGAGGGCCUGGAAGCCAUUCUUGACGGGUGCCCGAGUCUCGAGUCCCUCGAUAUUCGGAAAUGUAACAACGUGGACCUGCUGCUUGGAGAGAUGGGUGAUAGAAUUGCUCGGAAAAUGAAGUGUUUCAAACGCCCGGAUGAUCGAAUGGAACGGUGUGAAUGGGAAGCUGGUUUGUGUAUUUAUCAUUUUGAUUCUGAGGAUUAUGAUGAGGAAGAUCAGUACGAUGAGCAGGGCCAGGGAGGAGCCUACUUCGACAGCUUCGGCUACUCCAGUGAUGGGUGGUAAUUCAAAUUAUUCAAAUUACCACUAAAUAUUUGAUGGAUUAGAGAUUUUACCUUAUCCAAUAUUAUUUGAACAGUACAAGUAAGCUCACUUUUAUCUAAUCCAAGAUAUAAAGCAGAUAAAUUGUUCAAGACGGAACCAGAGACAUGAAUACGAAGAAUAUAUAAUUUGAUGAGAUGUAUAAAUAUUUAUAGGGGCC